AUGGGGACUUUGGGACCAGUUAUCUGGAUCCUGUCUGCAAUCAUUAUUCAUUGUUCUGCUACAAUUCUUCCAAGAGUAUUGAAUGCCCCGCACAAUGGUCGCGUCUGCAGUACAUGGGGACAAUCUCACUAUAAGACUUUUGACGGCGACAUCUACCAGUUCCCAGGAACCUGCAACUAUGUUUUCUCUUCCCACUGCCAGAACACCUUUGAGGACUUUAACAUCCAAAUCCGACGCUCCCCUGGUCAAGGAGAUACAUCAUUGUCUAAGAUUGUGAUGAAGUUGGAGGGUUCAGUUAUUGAGAUGACAAGAGCAGAAGUCUUAGUUUCAGGCGAAAGCGUUUCUCUGCCAUACAGCCAGCAUGGGAUUCAAGUACAGAGAAGCAGCAUUUAUAUAACUGUGACAUCCAAAACUGGCCUUGUCUUUAUGUGGAACGAAGACGACGCUAUCAUGCUGGACCUGCCAAACAAAUAUAUCAACAGUACAUGUGGAUUGUGCGGAAAUUACAACGGGAAAGCCCAGGACGAAUUUCAUGUGAAUGAUAUACAACUGACCCCUCUGCAGUUUGGAAACUUGCAGAAGUGGAACGGACCCACAGAACAGUGUGAAGAUCCUGUGGCCUCUGCCCCCAAAAACUGCAGCGACUUGGUAAGUAUAUGUUCCAGCUUGCUCGCCAGUUCAGCCUUUGCAGACUGUGUGCUGCUCGUUCCCAUGGGUGACUAUGUAGAUUCCUGUGUGUCGGAUCUGUGCAGCUGCAAUUCUCCUACUGAGGUAUCCUGUGUCUGUGCCACCCUGGCUGAGUACUCACGGCAAUGCGCCCAUGCUGGUGGGAAGCCUCAAUCCUGGAGAAAUCAGCAAUUGUGUGAGAGAAGUUGCCCAAUGAACAUGACCUACAUGGAAUGUGGCACCCCAUGUAUGGAUACCUGCUCAAACCAAGAGAGGACGCUAAUGUGUGAAGAACAUUGUGUAGACGGCUGCUUCUGCCCUCCAGGAACUGUAUUUGAUGACAUUGACAACAGAGGCUGUGUGCCAGUGUCUGAGUGCUUCUGUACCUACAACAAUAGAAAAUACGCACCAGGAGAAUCCUACAACAGCAACUGCCGCACAUGCGCCUGUGAAGGAGGUCAGUGGAGCUGCCAGACUCUGCCGUGUCCUGGACACUGUUCUCUUGAAGGGGGAUCUCAUGUUCACACCUAUGAUGGUGGUCACUACAACUUUCAUGGAGACUGUAGUUACAUCUUUACUAAGGACUGUAAAACGAGCACGUUCACAGUGCUGGCCGAGCUCAGGAGAUGCGGCGUAACAGAUACUGAGACUUGUCUGAAGAGCGUUACCCUGUCCCUGGAUAAAGGAAAUAUUGUUGUCACAGUUAAAUCUUCUGGAACUGUUCUCCUGAAUGGCAUCUACACACAGAUACCUUUGGUCACAGAAAACAUUGCGGUUUUCCAGCCUUCCUCUUUUUACCUGAUUAUUCAGAGUUUCAAUGGAAUUCAAGUUCAAGUCCAGCUCUCACCUAUCAUGCAGCUGUUUGUGGUUCUGAAACCUAAAUUCCAGGGGGAUACAUGCGGUCUAUGCGGAGACUUUAACAAUGUGCGGACAGAUGAUUACCGAUCGAUGGGUGGAGUUUUGGAGGGGACGGCCGCUGCCUUUGCCAACACAUUUAGGAGUCAAGGAGAUUGUAAUGAUGUGAAAGAUAUAUAUGACAAUCCCUGCUCACUCAGCGUAGAAAAUGAGAAAUAUGCUCAGUAUUGGUGCUCUCUGCUCUCAGACACCAAUGGUCCUUUUGCCCCCUGUCAUGACACAGUAAAUCCCGUCAUAUACGAGAAGAACUGUAUGUACGACAGUUGUAACUACGAGAAGAGUGAGGACAGCGUGUGCGCAGCUAUGUCAUCCUAUGCCCGAGCCUGUGCCAUUGAGGGCGUCAGUCUGGAUGGGUGGAGAGACAGCUUCUGUGGUAAAUACACUAAUGACUGCCCUAAGAACUCUACUUACCAUUACUCCAUAAAGUCCUGCCAGAAAACCUGCCGCUCUCUGAGUGAGCCUGACCCCAGCUGCAGUGUCAGCUUCACCCCAUUGGACGGCUGCGGAUGCCCCAAGGGCACCUUCCUUGAUGACAGUGGGUCUUGUGUGCCAGCCAGGAUAUGCCCAUGUUAUUACAAAGGCUCCGUAAUUCCCCCAGGAGAGGUCAUUUAUGAUAACAAUGCCAUGUGUACCUGUCAAAGCGGUAGACUGAACUGUGUUGGAAAACCAUCCAGCUUUUCAGAUUGUCCAGCAAACAUGGUGUAUUUUGAUUGUGCUAAAGCUUCCAUGGGAGCUAAAGGUACUGAAUGCCAAAAGACCUGCCAGACCCUGGACAUGGAGUGUUUCAGCAUUCAGUGCGCCUCAGGGUGUAUGUGUGCCGGUGGACUUGUACUCAAUAAUAAGGGCAAAUGUAUCCCUGAAGAGGAGUGUCCUUGUGUACAUAAUGGUGAUAUCUACCACAGUGGUGACACCAUUCAGCAAGACUGUAACACAUGCGUCUGUAAGAACCGGAAAUGGCAGUGUACAAAUAAAGAAUGCUCCAAGACCUGUGCCGUUUAUGGAGAGGGGCAUUAUGUAACCUUUGAUGGGAAGCGUUAUGACUUUAAUGGAGCUUGUGAAUAUACUCUAACGCAGGAUUAUUGCACUUCCAACUCAGGAAAUGGGACGUUCCGAGUUCUGUCUGAGAACAUUCCGUGUGGGAGUAUUGGGGCCACUUGCUCUAAAGCCAUUAAAGUGUUUCUGGGGAACUUUGAGCUGAAGCUGAGUGAAGGAGUCUUUGAAGUUCUGGAGAGAGACAUUGGCAGUGAGGUCCCUUAUCAUGUCAGGCAGAUGGGUAUCUACCUUGUGAUUGAAGCCAAGGAUGGACUCAUUCUUAUGUGGGACAAGAAAACCAGCAUCUUAAUCAGGCUAAGCCCAGAAUUCAAGGGUAGCGUUUGUGGUCUUUGCGGUAAUUAUGAUGGCUCCGUGCCCAAUGAAUUUACUACAAGGAGUAUGUCCGUAGUUGUCAAUGAGCAAGAGUUUGGGAACAGCUGGAAAGCCUCUCCCACAUGCCCUGAUUCCCAACCAAUUAGAGACCCUUGUGUUGCCAACCCGUACCGCCAACCCUGGGCACAAAAACACUGCAGCAUCAUCAUGAGUCCUGUUUUUUCAAAGUGCCAAGCAAAGGUUGACCCCACACCUUACUACGAGGCAUGUGUACGAGACACCUGUGCGUGUGAUUCCGGAGGAGACUGUGAGUGUUACUGCACAGCUGUUGCCGCAUACGCCGCAGCCUGUAACGAUGCUGGAAUCUGUAUAGCGUGGAGAAGCCCUGAGAUUUGUCCUUUGUUCUGUGAUUACUACAAUCCGGAAGGUGAAUGUGAAUGGCACUACAAGCCGUGUGGAGCUCCCUGUAUGAAGACUUGUAGGAACCCCAGAGGAAAAUGCAUGAACCAGCUGCCAGGAUUAGAAGGGUGUUACCCACAAUGUCCCAAAGACCGUCCUUUCUUUGAUGAGGACAUAAUGCGAUGUGUUGCUCAAGCAAACUGUGGUUGUUAUGACGACGAUGGCAAACGAUACAGUGUUGGGGAUAUGGUUCCAUCCUAUAGAAAUUGUGAAACAUGUAUCUGCACUAAAAAGGGACGACGUUGUCAAACGGACCUCCGAGCUUGUUAUUGUUACUACGGAAAUAUGAAAUAUAACUAUGGGGAUGUCAUCUACAACACUACUGAUGGUAUUGGUGGCUGCAUAACAGCAACAUGCGCAUUUAAUGGAACCAUUAGCAGAAAUGUCUACCCAUGUGUCCCAACCACUGAAGCACCAACCACAACCUUCCAUUUUGAUACAACCACAUCAUCUCCAUCUUUAAAUCUCUCCACAACAGCUCCGGUGUCUCCAACCUCUGUAGUAUGCUUGGAGGAAGUCUGCAGCUGGUCAGUGUGGUAUGACAUCAAUAGGCCUAAAUAUGGUGAAAAUGAAGGUGAUAUUGAAACUUUUGAAAAGAUAGGAGAGAGAGGUCAUUCCAUUUGUAAGGUCCCAUCAAAGGUGGAAUGUCGAGCACAGAAGUUUCCUAAUAUUCCAGUUGAAGACUUGGGUCAGAUCAUUCAGUGUAACAAGUCUUUAGGCCUUAUUUGUAAAAAUCGAGACCAGUUUUCUCAGCUCUGCUUUAACUAUGAGAUCCGUAUACUUUGCUGUAGUUAUGUUCCCUGUGGGCAGUCAACCAAAUACCCUAAAACUUCACAACCCACCUCUGUGACACUCUUAGAAAAAACAAGUAUCCUUACCACUGAAAGCAUGAAAGUCACAACUAGACCGAUGACAACUAUGGAACACAGUGAAUCAACAACUAUUAAAGAAGAAGAAAACACUAGUCCAAAAGAUAUUGUGAUUACUGGUUCUCAAACUCCCAGUAAGUUAACAAGCUCACAGAGCACAUCAGGACUCACAUCAUCUAAUAGUAAUUGUGAAUCAGAAUGCCAAUGGUCAGACUGGUUUGAUUUAAAUGUCCCCAAUGAGGAAUCAUAUGGAGAAUCAGAAAGUCUUGAGGAUAUCAGAAAUGCAGGUUUUAAUAUAUGUGAAAAACCAACUAAUAUUGAGUGUAGAUCUGUACACUUUCCAGAAAUCCCACUUGAUGAAUUGCAACAGACUGUUCACUGUGAUAGUAAUAAUGGGCUUAUCUGCAGGAAUGAGGAACAGACUGGUGGUUUCGCCUUUUGUUACAACUAUGAAAUUCGAGUUCUUUGCUGCUCUGAAUGUAAUAUUACAACUGUCUUACCUUUAUCAUCUAUACAAACAGAUACUACUAUUUCUGUUACCACUGCAGUAUUUUCAACUAAAACAGCUUCUUCUGGAUCUGCUACUGACUUCCUUAAAUCAACACAUGGGUUUGAAGAAGAAAAAUCUACAUCUAAUAACCCAAUAUCAAUGAAAACUACUAAGGGAUCAACUGCAUCUAGAGAAACAUCUGCUAAAACAGUUGCUCCUAGUCUAAGUACAACUAAGCCAUCUUCUUCUAAGGCAUUCACUGCCUCUGUUGAAGUAACAACAAAGAGAGCCUCUGCCAGGAUUACAACAUCUAAGUAUUCAUCGGAGGAAGAAAGAACAUCCCACAAACCGAAUUCAAUGAAAACCACUAAAGUUUCUACAGCAUCUGGUGAAAUGACAUCUGCCAAAAAGUCUACUCAAUUUGAAAUUGGGACGACAAAAUUAGCAUCCUCAAAAUUAACGACAGGUUUCUACAGAUCAACAACUGGGUCAUCAGAAGAAGACUAUACAAUUCAUGAACCUAUUUCAACAAAACCUUCAAAAGUAUCAACUGCACGUCAAGAGGUGUUAAGUACUAAAACAGUUACACCUAGUGUUGAAACUAUGAAGUCAUCAUCUUCUAAGGUAUCCACUGCAUCAGUUGAAGUAACAUCAAAGGCAGCCUCUUCUAGGUUUACUACAAUGAUUAAGACAACAUCUAAACAUUUAUCUGAGGAAGAAAGUACACCUGGCAAACCCAUUUCAAUGAAAACUACUAAAUUUUCUACAGCUUCUGGUGAAGUAACAUCUGCUAAGAAGUCCACGCCAUUUGUGAUUGGAACCACAAAAGAAACAUCUUCAAAAGUAACAAGUUUCCACAAAUCAACAGCUGAGUCUUCAGAAGAAGAAUCUACAUCUCGCAAACCUAUUUCAACCAAACCUGCAAAAGUAUCAACUACAUAUGAAGAGUUAUCUAGUACUAAAACAGUUACUCCUGGUUUAAGAACAACUAAGCCAUCUUCUUCUAAGGUAUCCACUGCAUCAGUUGAAGUAACAUCAAAGGCAGCCUCUUCAAGGUUUACUACAAAGGUUGUUAAGACAACAUCUGAACAUUCUUCUGAGGAAGAAAGUACAUCUGGCAAACCCAUUUCAAUGAAAUCUACUAAAUUUUCUACAGCGUCUGGUGAAGUAACAUCUGCUAAGAAGUCCACACAUUUUGUGAUUGGCACAACAAAAGAAACAUCUUCAAAAGUAACAAGUUUCCACAAAUCAACAGCUGAGUCUUCAGAAGAAGAAUCUACAUCUCGCAAACCUAUUUCAACCAAACCUGCAAAAGUAUCAACUGCAUAUGAAGACUUAUCUAGUACUAAAACAGUUACUCCUGGUUUAAGAACAACUAAGCCAUCCUCUAAGGUAUCCACUGCAUCAGUUGAAGUAACAUCAAAGGCAGCCUCUUCAAGGUUUACUACAAAGAUUAAGACAACAUCUGAACAUUCAUCUGAGGAAGAAAGUACAUCUGGCAAACCCAUUUCAAUGAAAUCUACUAAAUUUUCUACAGCGUCUGGUGAAGUAACAUCUGCUAAGAAGUCCACACCAUUUGUGAUUGGCACAACAAAAGAAACAUCUUCAAAAGUAACAAGUUUCCACAAAUCAACAGCAGAGUCUUCAGAAGAAGAAUCUACAUCUCGUAAACCUAUUUCAACCAAACCUGCAAAAGUAUCAACUGCAUAUGAAGAGUUAUCUAGUACUAAAACAGUUACUCCUGGUUUAAGAACAACUAAGCCAUCUUCUUCUAAGGUAUCCACUGCAUCAGUUGAAGUAACAUCAAAGGCAGCCUCUUCUAGGUUUACUACAAAGAUUGUUAAGACAACAUCUGAACAUUCAUCUGAGGAAGAAAGUACAUCUGGCAAACCCAUUUCAAUGAAAUCUACUAAAUCUUUGACAGCGUCUGGUGAAGUAACAUCUGCUAAGAAGUCCACACCAUUUGUAAUUGGCACGACAAAAGAAACAUCUUCAAAAGUAACAAGUUUCCACAAAUCAACAGUUGAGUCUUCAGAAGAAGAAUCUACAUCACGUAAACCUAUUUCAACCAAACCUGCAAAAGUAUCAACUGCAUAUGAAGAGUUAUCUAGUACUAAAACAGUUACUCCUGGUUUAAGAACAACUAAGCCAUCUUCUUCUAAGGUAUCCACUGCAUCAGUUGAAGUAACAUCAAAGGCAGCCUCUUCUAGGUUUACUACAAAGAUUGUUAAGACAACAUCUGAACAUUCAUCUGAGGAAGAAAGUACAUCUGGCAAACCCAUUUCAAUGAAAUCUACUAAAUCUUCGACAGCGUCUGGUGAAGUAACAUCUGCUAAGAAGUCCACACAUUUUGUGAUUGGCACGACAAAAGAAACAUCUUCAAAAGUAACGAGUUUCCACAAAUCAACAGUUGAGUCUUCAGAAGAAGAAUCUACAUCACGUAAACCUAUUUCAACCAAACCUGCAAAAGUAUCAACUGCAUAUGAAGAGUUAUCUAGUACUAAAACAGUUACUCCUGUUGAAGUAACAUCAAAGGCAGCCUCUUCUAGGUUUACUACAAAGAUUGUUAAGACAACAUCUGAACAUUCAUCUGAGGAAGAAAGUACAUCUGGCAAACCCAUUUCAAUGAAAUCUACUAAAUUUUCUACAGCGUCUGGUGAAGUAACAUCUGCUAAGAAGUCCACACCAUUUGUGGUUGGCACGACAAAAGAAACAUCUUCAAAAGUAACAAGUUUCCACAAAUCAACAGCAGAGUCUUCAGAAGAAGAAUCUACAUCUCGUAAACCUAUUUCAACCAAACCUGCAAAAGUAUCAACUGCAUAUGAAGAGUUAUCUAGUACUCAAACAGUUACUCCUGGUUUAAGAACAACUAAGCCAUCUUCUUCUAAGGCAGCCUCUUCUAGGUUUACUACAAAGAUUGUUAAGACAACAUCUGAACAUUCAUCUGAGGAAGAAACUACAUCUGGCAAACCCAUUUCAAUGAAAUCUACUAAAUCUUCAACAGCGUCAGGUAUAGUAACAUCUGCUAAGAAGUCUACACCAUUUGUAAUUGGCACGACAAAAGAAACAUCUUCAAAAGUAACAAGUUUCCACAAAUCAACAGUUGAGUCUUCAGAAGAAGAAUCUACAUCACGUAAACCUAUUUCAACCAAACCUGCAAAAGUAUCAACUGCAUAUGAAGAGUUAUCUAGUACUAAAACAGUUACUCCUGGUUUAAGAACAACUAAGCCAUCUUCUUCUAAGGUAUCCACUGCAUCAGUUGAAGUAACAUCAAAGGCAGCCUCUUCUAGGUUUACUACAAUGAUUAAGACAACAUCUAAACAUUCAUCUGAGGAAGAAAGUACAUCUGGCAAACCCAUUUCAAUGAAAACUACUAAAUUUUCUACAAUUUCUGGUGAAGUAACAUCUGCUAAGAAGUCCACGCCAUUUGUGAUUGGAACCACAAAAGAAACAUCUUCAAAAGUAACAAGUUUCCACAAAUCAACAGCUGAGUCUUCAGAAGAAGAAUCUACAUCUCGCAAACCUAUUUCAACCAAACCUGCAAAAGUAUCAACUGCAUAUGAAGAGUUAUCUAGUACUAAAACAGUUACUCCUGGUUUAAGAACAACUAAGCCAUCUUCUUCUAAGGCAGCCUCUUCUAGGUUUACUACAAAGAUUGUUAAGACAACAUCUGAACAUUCAUCUGAGGAAGAAAGUACAUCUGGCAAACCCAUUUCAAUGAAAUCUACUAAAUUUUCUACAGCGUCUGGUGAAGUAACAUCUGCUAAGAAGUCCACACCUUUUGUGAUUGGAACCACAAAAGAAACAUCUUCAAAAGUAACAAGUUUCCACAAAUCAACAGCUGAGUCUUCAGAAGAAGAAUCUACAUCUCGCAAACCUAUUUCAACCAAACCUGCAAAAGUAUCAACUGCAUAUGAAGAGUUAUCUAGUACUAAAACAGUUACUCCUGGUUUAAGAACAACUACGCCAUCCUCUUCUAAGGUAUCCACUGCAUCAAUUAAGACAACAUCUGAACAUUCAUCUGAGGAAGAAAGUACAUCUGGCAAACCCAUUUCAAUGAAAUCUACUAAAUCUUCGACAGCGUCUGGUGAAGUAACAUCUGCUAAGAAGUCCACACCAUUUGUAAUUGGCACGACAAAAGAAACAUCUUCAAAAGUAACAAGUUUCCACAAAUCAACAGUUGAGUCUUCAGAAGAAGAAUCUACAUCACGUAAACCUAUUUCAACCAAACCUGCAAAAGUAUCAACUGCAUAUGAAGAGUUAUCUAGUACUAAAACAGUUACUCCUGGUUUAAGAACAACUAAGCCAUCUUCUUCUAAGGCAGCCUCUUCUAGGUUUACUACAAAGAUUGUUAAGACAACAUCUGAACAUUCAUCUGAGGAAGAAAGUACAUCUAGCAAACCCAUUUCAAUGAAAUCUACUAAAUUUUCUACAGCGUCUGGUGAAGUAACAUCUGCUAAGAAGUCCACACCAUUUGUGAUUGGCACGACAAAAGAAACAUCUUCAAAAGUAACAAGUUUCCACAAAUCAACAGUUGAGUCUUCAGAAGAAGAAUCUACAUCUCAUAAACCUAUUUCAACAAAACCUGUAAAAUUAUCAACUGCAUAUGAAGAGUUAUCUAGUACCAAAACAGUUACUCCUGGUUUAAGAACAACUAAGCCAUCCUCUUCUAAGAUAUCCACUGCAUCAGUUGAAGUAACAUCAAAGGCAGCCUCUUCAAAGUUUACUACAAAGAUUAAGACAACAUCUGAACAUUCAUCUGAGGAAGAAAGUACAUCUGGCAAACCCAUUUCAAUUAAAUAUACUAAAUUUUCUACAGCAUCUGGUGAAGUAACAUCUGCUAAGAAGUCCACGCCAUUUGUGAUUGGAACCACAAAAGAAACAUCUUCAAAAGUAACAAGUUUCCACAAAUCAACAGCUGAGUCUUCAGAAGAAGAAUCUACAUCUCGUAAACCUAUUUCAACCAAACCUGCAAAAGUAUCAACUGCAUAUGAAGAGUUAUCUAGUACUAAAACAGUUACUCCUGGUUUAAGAACAACUAAGCCAUCUUCUUCUAAGGCAGCCUCUUCUAGGUUUACUACAAAGAUUGUUAAGACAACAUCUGAACAUUCAUCUGAGGAAGAAAGUACAUCUGGCAAACCCAUUUCAAUGAAAUCUACAAAAUUUUCUACAGCGUCUGGUGAAGUAACAUCUGCUAAGAAGUCCACACCAUUUGUGAUUGGCACGACAAAAGAAACAUCUUCAAAAGUAACAAGUUUCCACAAAUCAACAGUUGAGUCUUCAGAAGAAGAAUCUACAUCUCGUAAACCUAUUUCAACCAAACCUGCAAAAGUAUCAACUGCAUAUGAAGAGUUAUCUAGUACUAAAACAGUUACUCCUGGUUUUAGAACAACUAAGCCAUCUUCUUCUAAGGCAGCCUCUUCUAGGUUUACUACAAAGAUUGUUAAGACAACAUCUGAACAUUCAUCUGAGGAAGAAAGUACAUCUGGCAAACCCAUUUCACUGAAAUCUACUAAAUCUUCGACAGCGUCUAGUAUGGUAACAUCUGCUAAGAAGUCAACACCAUUUGUAAUUGGCACGACAAAAGAAACAUCUUCAAAAGUAACAAGUUUCCACAAAUCAACAGUUGAGUCUUCAGAAGAAGAAUCUACAUCACGUAAACCUAUUUCAACCAAACCUGCAAAAGUAUCAACUGCAUAUGAAGAGUUAUCUAGUACUAAAACAGUUACUCCUGUUGAAGUAACAUCAAAGGAAGCCUCUUCUAGGUUUACUACAAUGAUUAAGACAACAUCUAAACAUUCAUCUGAGGAAGAAAGUACAUCUGGCAAACCCAUUUCAAUGAAAUCUACUAAAUUUUCUACAGCGUCUGGUGAAGUAACAUCUGCUAAGAAGUCCACACCUUUUGUGAUUGGAACCACAAAAGAAACAUCUUCAAAAGUAACAAGUUUCCACAAAUCAACAGCUGAGUCUUCAGAAGAAGAAUCUACAUCACGCAAACCUAUUUCAACUAAACCUGCAAAAGUAUCAACUGCAUAUGAAGAGUUAUCUAGUACUAAAACAGUUACUCCUGGUUUAAGAACAACUAAGCCAUCCUCUUCUAAGGCAGCCUCUUCAAGGUUUACUACAAAGAUUAAGACAACAUCUGAACAUUCAUCUGAGGAAGAAAGUACAUCUGGCAAACCCAUUUCAAUGAAAUCUACUAAAUUUUCUACAGCGUCUGGUGAAGUAACAUCUGCUAAGAAGUCCACACCAUUUGUGAUUGGCACGACAAAAGAAACAUCUUCAAAAGUAACAAGUUUCCACAAAUCAACAGCUGAGUCUUCAGAAGAAGAAUCUACAUCUCGCAAACCUAUUUCAACCAAACCUGCAAAAGUAUCAACUGCAUAUGAAGAGUUAUCUAGUACUAAAACAGUUACUCCUGGUUUAAGAACAACUAAGCCAUCUUCUUCUAAGGCAGCCUCUUCUAGGUUUACUACAAAGAUUGUUAAGACAACAUCUGAACAUUCAUCUGAGGAAGAAAGUACAUCUGGCAAACCCAUUUCAAUGAAAUCUACUAAAUCUUCGACAGUGUCUGGUGAAGUAACAUCUGCUAAGAAGUCCACACCAUUUGUUAUUGGCACGACAAAAGAAACAUCUUCAAAAGUGACAAGUUUCCACAAAUCAACAGUUGAGUCUUCAGAAGAAGAAUCUACAUCACGUAAACCUAUUUCAACCAAGGCUGCAAAAGCAUCAACUGCAUAUGAAGAGUUAUCUAGUACUAAAACAGUUACUCCUGGUUUAAGAACAACUAAGCCAUCCUCUUCUAAGGCAGCCUCUUCAAGGUUUACUACAAAGAUUAAGACAACAUCUGAACAUUCAUCUGAGGAAGAAAGUACAUCUGGCAAACCCAUUUCAAUGAAAUCUACUAAAUUUUCUACAGUGUCUGGUGAAGUAACAUCUGCUAAGAAGUCCACACCAUUUGUGAUUGGCACGACAAAAGAAACAUCUUCAAAAGUAACAAGUUUUCACAAAUCAACAGCUGAGUCUUCAGAAGAAGAAUCUACAUCUCGCAAACCUAUUUCAACCAAACCUGCAAAAGUAUCAACUGCAUAUGAAGAGUUAUCUAGUACUAAAACAGUUACUCCUGGUUUAAGAACAACUAAGCCAUCUUCUUCUAAGGCAGCCUCUUCUAGGUUUACUACAAAGAUUGUUAAGACAACAUCUGAACAUUCAUCUGAGGAAGAAAGUACAUCUGGCAAACCCAUUUCAAUGAAAUCUACUAAAUCUUCGACAGUGUCUUGUGAAGUAACAUCUGCUAAGAAGUCCACACCAUUUGUUAUUGGCACGACAAAAGAAACAUCUUCAAAAGUGACAAGUUUCCACAAAUCAACAGUUGAGUCUUCAGAAGAAGAAUCUACAUCUCAUAAACCUAUUUCAACCAAGGCUGCAAAAGCAUCAACUGCAUAUGAAGAGUUAUCUAGUACUAAAACAGUUACUCCUGGUUUAAGAACAACUAAGCCAUCCUCUUCUAAGGUAUCCACUGCAUCAGUUGAAGUAACAUCAAAGGCAGCCUCUUCAAGGUUUACUACAAAGAUUGUUAAGACAACAUCUGAACAUUCAUCUGAGGAAGAAAGUACAUCUAGCAAACCCAUUUCAAUGAAAUCUACUAAAUUUUCUACAGCGUCUGGUGAAGUAACAUCUGCUAAGAAGUCCACACCAUUUGUGAUUGGCACGACAAAAGAAACAUCUUCAAAAGUAACAAGUUUCCACAAAUCAACAGCUGAGUCUUCAGAAGAAGAAUCUACAUCACGUAAACCUAUUUCAACCAAACCUGCAAAAGUAUCAACUGCAUAUGAAGAGUUAUCUAGUACUAAAACAGUUACUCCUGGUUUAAGAACAACUAAGCCAUCAUCUUCUAAGAUAUCCACUGCAUCAAUUAAGACAACAUCUGAACAUUCAUCUGAGGAAGAAAGUACAUCUGGCAAACCCAUUUCAAUUAAAUCUACUACAUUUUCUACAGCAUCAGGUGAAGUAACAUCUGCUAAGAAGUCCACACCAUUUGUGAUUGGAACAACAAAAGAAACAUCUUCAAAAGUAACAAGUUUCCACAAAUCAACAGCUGAGUCUUCAGAAGAAGAAUCUACAUCUCGUAAACCUAUUUCAACCAAACCUGCAAAAGUAUCAACUGCAUAUGAAGAGUUAUCUAGUACUAAAACAGUUACUCCUGGUUUAAGAACAACUAAGCCAUCAUCUUCUAAGGUAUCCACUGCAUCAAUUAAGACAACAUCUGAACAUUCAUCUGAGGAAGAAAGUACAUCUGGCAAACCCAUUUCAAUUAAAUCUACUAAAUUCUCUACAGCAUCUGGUGAAGUAACAUCUGCUAAGAAGUCCACGCCAUUUGUGAUUGGGACCACAAAAGAAACAUCUUCAAAAGUAACAAGUUUCCACAAAUCAACAGCUGAGUCUUCAGAAGAAGAAUCUACAUCUCGUAAACCUAUUUCAACCAAACCUGCAAAAGUAUCAACUGCAUAUGAAGAGUUAUCUAGUACUAAAACAGUAUCCACUGCAUCUGGUGAAGUAACGUCUGCUAAGAAGUCCACUCCAUUUAAUUUUAAGACAACAUCUGAACAUUUAUCUGAGGAAGAAAGUACAUCUGGCAAACCCAUUUCAAUUAAAACUACUAAAGUUUCUACAGCAUCUGGUGAAAUGACAUCUGCUAAGAAAUCAACUCACCUUCAAAUUGAAACCACAAAAGAAGCAUCAUCAAAACUUACAACAGCUUUCCACAAGUCAACAGUUGGAUCAUCAGAAGAAAAUACAUCCCAAAAAUAUUCUUCAACAAAACCUUCAAAAGUUUCAACUGCAUAUGAAGAGUUAUCUAGUACCAAAACAGUUACUCCUGGUUUAAGAACAACUAAGCCAUCAUCUUCUAAGGUAUCCACUGCAUCAGUUGAAGUAACAUCAAAGGCAGCCUCUUCUAGGUUUACUACUAAGAUUAAGACAACAUCUGAACAUUCAUUUGAGGAAGAAAGUACAUCUGGCAAACCAAUUUCAAUGAAAUCUACAAAAUUUUCUACAGCAUCUGGUGAAGUAACAUCUGCUAAGAAGUCCACACCAUUUGUGAUUGGCACCACAAAAGAAACAUCUUCAAAAGUAACAAGUUUACACAAAUCAACAGCUGAGUCUUCAGAAGAAGAAUCUACAUCUCGUAAACCUAUUUCAACCAAACCUGCAAAAGUAUCAACUGCAUAUGAAGAGUUAUCUAGUACUAAAAAAGUUUCUCCUGGUGUAAGUACAACUAAGCCAUCCUCUUCUAAGGUAUCCACUGCAUCUGUUGAAGUAACAUCAAAGGCAGCCACUUCUAGGUUGACUACUAAGGCUCUCAAGACAACAUCUGAACUUUCAUCUGAGGAAGAACAUACAUCUGGCAAACCCAUUUCUAUGAAAACUACAAAACUUUCUACAGCACCUGGGGAAGUAACGUCUGUUAAGAACUCCACUCCAUUUGUGAUUGGCACCACAAACAAAGCAUCUUCAAAAGUAACAACAGUCUUCCUGAAGUCAACAACUGGGUCAUCAGAAGAAGAAUUUACAUUUCGUACACCAGUUCCAACAAGAACUAUCAUAACAACUGCAUAUGGAGAUUUGUCAAGUACUAAAACAGUUACUCCUGGUGUAGUUUUAACUAAGUCAGCCUCUUCUAAGGUAUCCACUGCAUCUAUUGAAGUACCAACAUCAUCAUCCAAAUUUAGUACAGAGUAUUCUAAAAAAACAUCUAAACAACCAUUGGAAGAAAUGACAAGUUCACAUAAAGCAAUAUCAAUGAAAACUACUAAAUUGUCCACUGCAUUAAAUGGAAAUAUAUCAACAGAGACAUCCACGUUUGGUGUUUUAAGUACUGCAAAGCAAUCAUCUUCCAAAUUUACUACAGGCUUCUACAGAUCAACUACUAAGUCUUCAAAUGAAGACAAUACAUCCCAUAAGUCCACUUUAAUGAAAACUACCAAGUGUAUGUGUAGUGUUAAUGGAACUUUGGUUCCACCUGGUGAAAUGUUAUACAACACAACUGAUAAUGCUGGUUGGUGUUUCUAUGCACGAUGCAAUGAGAGUUGCCAAGUGGAGAGGUACAGUGAAGAAUGUCAUAGGUCUACCGCUCCGACCAUUGCAAGUAGCACCAAAACAGCAAAAACAGUCACUCCUAGCACAGUUACUGUCAUCUCUACAAAGACAAGUAGCUCAACAAUAGAGAAGAGUACAAAAACAUCUACAACAAGAACGUCCACAUCAAGAACCAGCUAUACCAGCACUCCCUCUUAUGAGUGCAGUGCGGUAACUCCUCCCAGAAAGUUGAGUGAAACUUGGGUAAUGGACAAGUGUACAAAUGCAACUUGCACUGGCAAAAAUGAGAUAAUUAUGAACACAAUGAAAUGCGCACCUAUUAAUAACUUGGUCUGUGCUAACCGCUUUCAACCUAAGAAGACAUUUGACGAGAGUGGUUGCUGCUAUCAAAAUGAGUGUGAAUGUGUCUGUGGCGGAUGGGGUGUGGCUCAUUACAUCACCUUUGAUGGCACCUACUACGAUUUCGGUGGCAAAUGCACAUAUGUCCUGGUCCAGCAGAUCACACCACGCUUUGACCAUUUCAGAGUUUAUAUCGACAAUUUCUCUUGUAACCCAGAUGAUCCUGAUUGUGUUAAGACUCUUCGCAUCAUGUACAAGACUGACACAGUAGUGCUAAUUUCUCAAGAAGUGAACAACCGACCUUUUAACAAGGUGUAUUUCAAUGAGGAGAGAGUUUAUCCAGCAUUCUCCCUAAAUGGCAUAAACAUCAUUAACUCUGGUAUAUUUUUGGUUGUGGAGAUACCAGAGCUGGGAGCAUAUAUUUCAUUUAAUGUUUUGAGCUUCACCAUCAAGCUGCCUUACAGCAAAUUCUUUGGCAAUACCGAAGGCCACUGUGGAAAAUGCUCUAACAAUCGCCUUGAUGAUUGCAUCUUGCCCAGUGGAUCUUUGGCACCAUCGUGUGUUCAAAUGGCAGGAGACUGGGGUGCGCCAGGUCAAGAUCCAUCUUCCUGCAGCCCUAUUCCCACCACCACCACUAGAUCUACUCUCCGAUCAUCCACCUACUCCUCUGUAUAUUACUCCACACUAUUAUCCAGUAAAACCAAGACAUCUUCAUCAAGUCACCCAGCCAGUUUGCCCCCAAUGUCUUCAUCAAGUCGGGGAACUACUGUGAUAUCUCUUCCGCCCUCUACGAGCACUAGUACUAUUGCAGCCACUAGAACCGAGGAGCCCUGCAACCCUCCUGAUGUUUGCAAAACUAUUCUGAGCAGCGUAUUUGAGAUGUGCCACCAGGUUGUUCCUCCAGAACCAUUCUACCAGGCCUGUGUAAAUGACGGAUGCACUAAAAACGAGGGUCCCAUCAUAUGCUCCAACUUGGAGGCCUAUGCCAGGCUCUGUGCUAUACAGGGUGUCUGUGUGGAUUGGAGAAACAGUACUCAUGGUGUUUGCCCUAAAAAUUGUCCUACAAACCAGGUAUAUAAGGCAUGUGGCCCCCCAGUAGAACCUACCUGUAACUCCAGAUACAACAAAGAAUAUGUUGAAAAUGCACCACAUUACCUUGUGGAAGGAUGUUACUGUCCUGAGGGAACCACACUAUUCAAUACAAUUUCUGAUCAAUGCGUCUCAUCUUGUGGAUGUACUGGUCCAGAUGGAAUGCCCAAACAGCCUGGAGAAGUUUGGGACAGUAAUUGUCAGACCUGUAUGUGUGACAACAUGACAAUGAGUGUGCAGUGUGCAGCUUACUCUUGUGCCUCAACCAUCCCUGCACCCUGCACUGAGGAGGGGACAAUGCCAGUGUCUGUGCCUGACCCUGCCCACCCCUGCUGCCAGAUCACAGAGUGCCGUUGUAAUACCAGCCUCUGCUCCGGUGUGAAGAAGACUUGCAAGCCUGGUUAUGAAGCUGUGCCUGAGAUGCCAGUUGGCACGUGCUGCCCGGUGUACAGAUGUGUGCCCAAAGGUGUCUGUGUGCAGAAUGGAACGGAGUAUCAGCCUGGAGCUGUUGUUCCUGACCAAAACCCCUGUGAUAGGUGUAUAUGCAAUAAUGCAAUGACUGACAUGUCAGGCCUACAUACUGUUACCUGCAGCCCAAUCCCAUGUAACAAGCAAUGCCCAGAGGGGUCAGAGUAUCAGGAGCUUCCAGGCCAAUGCUGUGGAACCUGUGUGCAAACUCACUGUGUCAUGGAUCUGCCUGAUGACUCAGUUUUCUUGCUUAAGCCUGGAGAAGUAUGGUCCCCUCCUGGAGACAGCUGUACUCAGUAUGAGUGUGUGAUGCAGAAGGGCAAGUUAAUUAAUGUAGUCUCCAAAAAGACCUGUCCAGUGAUCAACCUAGAAGAAUGUGUCCCGGGAACAAUCGAAAAAGAUCCCAGCGGUUGCUGUCUAACCUGUGUCCCAGAGCCUAAGAAGUGCCAAAUGAAAAAGGCCCAAAACAUCAUCCUUCAGAACAACUGUUCUUCCGUUUCACCCGUUGUGAUGUCAUACUGCCAAGGGAAUUGUGGAAGUUCCUCCAUAUAUUCCGAAGAGACACGGUCAAUGGAGCACAAAUGCAGCUGUUGUCAGGAGACAAAAUUGGUAAAGAAAACAAUCAGUUUAAUGUGCCCGUCAGGAAAGACAAUGGAAUAUUCCUACAUCGAUGUCAAGAGCUGCGCUUGCGUUGACACUCACUGUGUGAAGUAUAAAGAUAGUCAGCAAGAAAGUGUUGAAUAUGAAAAUUCUGAAGAUAGCGACACUAAUGAAAACUAG